GUUCGAAUAUAUUCAAAAGAAUUCAUAUUUAAUGCGAAGCAAUCUCAAUUUUAAUAUAUUUUAAUAAAUGAAAUGGCUCACGAAGUUGUUGAAGUAGUUAGACGGUGUGAAGAAGCUAAAGAAACUUUUAUAUUAGAUCUUUCAAAAUGUAAACUCACGCAAGUACCAGAUGCUGUUUAUCAUCUGAUGAAAAAUACACCACUUAUAAAAUGUGAUCUUAGCGGAAAUGUGAUAAAAAUAAUUAGUGCAAAAUUUUCGAUGAAAUUUAAUUUACUUGCCGAAAUAAAUUUAUCAAGGAAUGAAAUAGCAAGAUUACCAGACGAAUUGGAAAGUUUAGAAUCUUUAUCAAUAUUAAAUAUAUCACAUAACUCGUUUAUAACGUUUCCAACAGUUGUAUUUAAAGUUCCUAAAUUAAAAACAUUAAUAGCUAAUGAUAAUGCAAUAGUAGAGGUGGAUACAGAUGAAAUAGACAUAAACAAAACUUUGGAGUUUAUAGAUUUAAGAAACAAUCCAUUUAGCAGGGGUUGCUUGAAAAGAUUAAAGAAUUGUGCGGAUGGUCAUCGUAUGGUUUUAGUGUCAGAGCACAAAGAGGACGAUGAUUGGUAGCAUAAUAAGAAUUUAUUCAUUUUAAAUUUAAAUAUUAAUAAGAUAAAUAUUUAUUAAUUAAUAUUUUUGUACAGUUUUUAAUUUUAAUUUUGUAUUAUUUAUUAAAAUGUGUAGUUACUCUUUU